GAGGGUCAAUGGUGGAGGGGAGCGGAGUGGAACAAUCACAGUGAAUGAGCAGAAAGGGGUGGAGAACCUCACGUCUAUAUUUUUGUUGUUGUUGGUCCGUCUGCCCUCCAGUCUUGGUACCGCUCGGACACAGCGAGCGCGACACGGAGAAGGGGCCUGCAUCGCAGAACAGGUGCGGAAGAGUCUGCAUUGAAGCCACCAUGCAUUUAGGGAUCAUUUUGUUGUCAGCCCUGCUCCUCCUUUCUCCGUGCUAUGCACAAGAUCCCUUCGCUUGGCUGUAUAGCCGCCGGAGCUCCAUUCAGGCGGACAACACGGGCGGAGAGUGCCCCGCCGAGUGCGACUGUCCCCCGACUUUUUCCAUCGCCAUGUACUGCGAUGGACGGGGCCUGACAGCCAUGCCUACCAUUCCUUCCCGAAUGAAGUACCUGUAUCUCCAAAAUAAUGCCAUCGCGUCCAUAUCAGACUCUGCUCUAGUCAAUGGAAGCAAUCUUGUGUGGCUUAUGAUGCAUCACAACCAACUUACAUCGGAUGCCAUUAGCGAGAAGGCUUUUCUAAAGUUAGAAAAACUGGAGCGUUUUUAUUUACAACACAACAAUUUGAGCAGAGUUCCCUCUAACGUUCCUCGCACCCUCCGAGACCUGAGGAUCAACCAUAACAACAUUGAAAAGGUAACACCUUCAGACUUGGAAGGAAUGGAUAACCUGACAAUCCUGCAUCUCCAUGACAACGCUAUCACAGACGUGGGUGCGUCACUGAAGUCCCUGACAUCCCUUACACUUUUGGAUAUCAGCAACAACAAAUUGACAAAAGUGCCAGAGGCGCUCCCAGGACAACUACACCAACUCUACUUGGAUUCCAACUCCAUUGCGUCCCUGCCUGAAGGCUUCUUUGCCAAUUUGGCACAGCUGCAGUAUCUGCGGAUGGCCAGCAACCAGCUCACAGACAAGAGCCUCCCGUCCAAUAUCUUUAACGUGACGGGACUGGUGGAGCUGGACCUGAGCUUCAACAAGCUGGAGAGAAUCCCUCCCGUUAGCACCGCUCUGCAGCAUCUAUAUCUCCAAGCCAAUCACAUAAAAGAGUUCACUUUGGGGAGUUUUUGUCCCAUUGUGGAUGUCAGCAACUUCUCCAAGCUGGAAAGUCUGCGUCUGGAGGGGAACGCCAUCAGUCAACAGGACAUCCCAUCAGAUUGGUCGCUCUGCCUGCGUUUUGCCUCCAGCGUCGACAUUUAAUAUGUUUACAUCCAGAAGAAAUAACAUUGAAGUUUACUUUAAGAGAAAAAAAUAUUUGGAGGAACGUUUGUGCUUACAAAUAAAGAUGGUAUUACGGAUGUUAAAAUAUGAUUGCUGGUACAAGUGAAAGUGAUCCCACUGUGGUCUUGUUUUACCAUUUCCAAAAUACUGUGACCUUUCUUUUCUGCCUUUUGUUGUACUGUACAUUGCCUAAUUACUUUGACAUGAAUCUUCAAACAUUGCUUGCCUAAUUUAGCCUUUUAUAAAGGACGACGCUUCAUUUUGUACACGUGCGCUCCUGUACAUUGAAAGUUAUCUUUACUUUUUGCAUGAAUACAUCUGUAAUAAAGGACUUUUAACUGUC